AUGGCCUCCACAGAAACAUCAUAUCCAGGACCUGAAAGGGUGGUGGUGCAGCCACCAGAAGCCCCAGGUCCGGAGCCUGAAAAGGUCGAGCUCCCACGUGAAGCCCCGGCCCCAGAACACAAAAAGGUUGAGCAUCCACCGGAGGUGAAAACUCCGGCGGGUUCUCCAUCUGCUGAUUACUUUGCUUUGGCUGAUGUGGUGUUGAGGUUUUUACUGUUUGCUUCAGCAUUAGUGGCUGUUGUGGUUAUGGUCACUAGUAAGCAAACAGAAAAAGUUCCUAUUUUACCAUUUCCUCCAUAUCUGGCUGCUGUUCCUGCUAAGUUCAACCAUUCACCAGCCUUCGUAUACUUUGUAGCAGCACUCUCAGUUGCAGGCUUGUACAGCAUAAUUACCACUCUCCUUUCCUUCUAUGCCCUCCUCAAGCCCGGUUGUUGUCCAAGAGUCUUGUCUCAUUUCGUCAUUUUUGACGUGCUAUUGCUAGGAAUUGUGGCGUCAGCAAUUGGAGCAGCGGGUGGAGUUGCUUAUAUAGGUUUGAAAGGCAAUUCUCAUGUUGGCUGGAAAAAAGUGUGUAACGUGUACGACGAAUUCUGUAGUCACAUCGGAGGUUCAAUUGUCAUCUCUUUGCUUGGCUCCAUCGUGCUUGUGUUGCUCAUUCUGCUCUCCGUGUACUCCCUCUCUAAGAAAAUUCCCAAGUAG